CGGUGACCACUCUAACGAGGGCCCGUCCCGCCUGGACUCCUGGCGUGGGGAGAACCUUGCACCUUUGACUGGUGCCAUUGCCAGUUUGACCGACUCCGCUAUGGACUUACGCGGCUCCAAAAGGCUGUCGUAGGUGUUAUGUGGUUGGGAAUACUGGCGAUGCGGUCCUAAACUCACUUCCCGGUUCACAUUCACAGGUUUCACACAAUGGGUUCUAUAUAUAUAUCACCAACCUUGAUAAUCAGAGUGAAGGGGCAGCACGUGGUCUUGUCACGAUGGUUUAUGCUCUGGCUGCAAAAACGACAACGCGAGCGACAACACCAGGGACGGCACCAGCGACAACGCCAGCGACAACGCCAGCGACAACGCGUCGAUACCUUGACUUGUCACUUGUUCAGGUCACUGAGAAAAAAAAAUUUAAAUUCUCUUGGAUCUGGAUGCCGCGUCUCGUCAAAGACACAGUUGAUAUCGUCCUUCAAAUUGCUCAAUAUCCCUGCCUCUGUCACCGACAAGAUACCCACAACGUCCUUGCCUCUGCAACUUCACAGCCAACAUGUCCGAUCACGGCGUGGAUCCGGCUUAUCUCGAACUUGUCGCGCGAGAUGUGGCUUUUCGCAUAGCCGUCCAGGACUUCAUACACCAUCACCCUCCUGAAUCUGUCACACCGUUUGUACGAGGCGCACUUCACAACAUGGUCUUCAGUUACUACGGCACCAGUCAAAAUAUGCAAAUGCAGCGUCACAUCCUCCAGUUGCACGACACCUACAAUCUGGAAGGGUUGAUGGACAUGGCUUUGCUUGACAAUAUCCGCCAAACGGUCAACGCUCCUGCCACCAUGGAUCCAACGCAGAGUCCGGUGGCUUAUGGAGGCAGUCCAGCCCAAAUCUCAGCCCUUUCGACCUUUCCAAGCAACCAGGUGCAGCCAGGGCCACUAAAUGCUGCCGCCCCAUCCCCAAACGGCAAUGCAAAUACGAACACAAACCUCUUGUCCGGUAAUCCUUCUUCACCUGUGAUGGCGGCUGCAUCGAACGGCACCAUCAACCGCAAUCCAGCUGGCACUGAGCGCUGUGUGACCACCAAGGAUGGAGAUCCGCGCUGGGCAUACAAGUGUGACGCUUGUGGGCAUGAGAUCAGGUUCCGUAGUGAAUUCGUGCGGCAUGUCAAGAUCGCACUGGGGCGAGUUGGCUUCCGGAUUGUGAAGGCCGACCCAGCAAACGACCCUCUCUGGUAUGGGAUGGACGAUGCCGGGAAUGUGUAUACGGGGGACAUUGUCGCCAGGCAGGGCGCGAGGGCCGGAAUGAAACCACGGAUCCCACCUCCGUGUGGCCCACAGAUAACCGCCCAUCGGAAGCAAAUUCGGAUGGACGCAACGGACAACCACGCAGAUGAUGGCGAGGAGGACGAGGAAGCCAAUGAAUGACAUGGACGAUGACGAUAGUCAAGGCACUGGGCUGCUUUCCCUGCGACAGAGGGGCUACGUAUGAGAAAUGAGGGCAAAGCAGGUGGACUGAGCCAGAGAAGGCCGUCGAUGCUAGAAUAGCCGACGAAUGCAAAUCAUCCACUGUU